UGCCGGAGCGCGCGGUUGUGCGGUCGGACUGGUGGUGACGUAACGGCGACAGCUCCCCGAUGAAUCAACUCGGGAUUCUCUACGUUGGGACCGUUCGCCCGCGGCCGCGGCGAUCCUCUCGUACGCUCGGCAUGUAAAAUCUCGCCCCUUGGCGCGCGAACGCCAUUAAAAGAAAGAAGAGAACAAAGUGCCACCGGAACGACAGCGGAUUCUUUUUUUUUUGUUAGUACUUAAAGAUUGUUCGCGAAGAUCACGUGUCGCGCGCACGCUAUAUAAUACGAGAAGCGUAUACACACGCGCGCGUGCGCGUUGUGCGCGACAUCGUUGCUGGUAAUAAUCGCCAUUAUCGUCCGACGGAUUAAAAAAAAAACGAGAUAGGCGAAAAGGAGCCGCGCCACAGGUGGUCCUCCUUAUAUAUACGCGGUCCACCAUAUUGCGAUCGGUGAUAUCAGAUUAAGAAUCAGACUGAAUGCAAGAUGAUCUCUCGUCGCGAAGCAUUCUUGAUAUUGGCUAUUGCUCUGGGCAGCGUUUCCACUUUUCAAUGCCCGACGAAUCAGAUGUGCACCUGUCAGCAGAAUUACGAUGGAGGACUCGAGAUAAACUGUCUAUUGAAAAAUGAUUCUUCUUUCCUAGUGAAUAUUCAACCAGGCGAAUUUAUAAAAAUUGAAUGCAUUAAUUCACCGGAAUGGUCAGAUUUCCAUCUGGACGUGUCGUCCUUGACGAGGCAUGAGAGUAUUAAAAAGAUAUACUUCUACAUGUGCGAUUUGCCGACCAACAACAUCAGUUUAGGCGAAAUCACACGAACGCUAGGAGUCGCCAACGUGGAAAAAUUGAUCUUUCAAUCGUAUAAGAAUUUGAGCUCCGCCCUGGUCAAGCAUCAUUUAGAUGACUUUGAAAAUUUGAAAUAUCUGGUCUUAUCGAGCAACAAUGUGUCCUACGUGGAUGAAGAUCUCCUAGCCGGCCUAGUCAAUUUAACGGGACUCAAUUUGCGCGAGAACAACUUACACCUAGUCGACGGAUUUUUCAACUACACCCCCGGAUUGGAGUGGCUCGAAUUGGGCGACAAUGCUCUGCGAUCGAUAGAACUGGGCACGUUCAACAAUCUGAAAAAUCUGACGUUGCUGAAUUUAUGGAAAAAUUAUUUAAUCGACCCCCAAUCGGGAAUUUUCGACGAACUCGUCGCUCUCAAGACCCUCGAUCUCAAUAUGAAUUCUAUGGUCCAGUUACCGGAAGAUAUUUUCGCGAAGCUCGAAAACCUCGAGGUCCUUAACUUAUCUCGAAACAAUUUUACACAUUUACCGGGGGCUCUGCUGCGAAAUAACACGAAACUACACACUGUCUCUCUGUUCGAAAACAAGAGAAAUAUGACGACCUUGCCGAAUGAAUUUUUCGCCAACUUAACGAAGCUGGAGGUGUUGAAAUUGAAAAAGAACGGAUUUCUCACGCUACCGGAGGAUAUUUUCUGGGGAUGUACUUCGCUAACUAAUAUCACUUUGGAACGAAACUAUCUUCGAACUUUGCCUGCGCACAUAUUCCGGGAUACGAAGAAACUCACAGAAUUGAACCUGAAUUUUAACAAUAUUGAACAUUUGCCUGAUUACAUCUUCUCGAGUACCAACGAAUUAGUAAAAUUAGAUUUGUCAAAAAAUCAAAUUACCUUCAUUUCCAACCAUCUAUUCAUUGGACUGCACGCUUUGGAGGAACUAAAUAUGGAAGAAAAUCAGCUGACGACUAUUUCCAACCACGCUUUCAGUUCCUUAAAACAACUGAAAAUUGCCCAAUUGUCUCACAAUUAUCUUACGUUACAACAAACUGUUUACGAGUCUGAUCCACUCGGAAAGAAGUCGCCCUUUCACGAUUGCGUGAAACUAGAAGAAUUAUAUUUAGCCAAUAACAGUAUCUCGGAAAUGUUUAGCGAUUGGGUCCUGAGCGAUGUACAACUUCGAAUAUUGGAUCUCAAAUAUAACAAUAUAUCAUGUAUCGCCACCGAAGAUGUGCAGUUUACAUCGGACAAAAUAAAAGUGGAUUUGACUCAUAAUAAAAUAAAGCAUAUCUUAUUGCACAAUGCUGAAAGCAACGUCUUUCAGGGGUAUGCUCGCGACGUGAUAAUAUUAGUGCAAGAUAAUCCGAUACUUUGCGAUUGUGAUUUGUACGACUUUUUGCGUUAUAAGGAGGGUAGAAUGCAUCCUAAAGUGCAAAACUAUUUCCACAUAAUACCAGGAAAUUUAACUUGCGAAAGCCCGGACGACGAAAAGGAUGUGCGUGUCACGGAUUUGAGAUCUGAAUCAUUAACGUGUGUGGUACCAGAUUCCAAUGUGUGUUCCGAAAAGUGUGAUUGUUUAAUAAGGCCCGAAGACAGGGCGUUCAUAUUGAAUUGUUCUAACAGAAACUUGAUUAGCGUGCCAAGUGACAUAAAGAUACCUGAUAAAUACAAAAUCCCAUUCCAAUUCGAAUUGAAUUUCUCUGGCAAUCGGUUGACUCGUAUGCCAGACUUGAAAGCAAUGGAACUUGGGCCGGUGAGGAAACUUAUGUUAUCUCACAAUGCCAUUUCUGAAAUUUCUCUAGAUGGGUUAUCCAGCACACUACAGGUAUUGGAGCUGCAUAACAACAACGUGUCAAGAGUACGUCCUGACGUGUUGGAAUUCCUGAAAGAGUCUACGAACUUAACACGAUUAACGUUACACGAAAAUCCGUGGGAAUGCGAUUGCGACGCUACGGAUCUUCUCAAUUUCAUUCAAACGAAUUUCGUGACGAUGCCCGAUCUACUUCGAGUGAAGUGUCCGGACAGAAACAUUUCCAUAUCGGAAUUGACCAGGGAUGACCUUUGCCCGCCGAAUACGACAAUGAUAAUCGGCGUUAGUAUAUUAAUCUCUUUUGCGGGGCUACUUAUCGGCAUCUUUGGACUACUCUACUACAAAUACCAACAACAAAUUAAAGUGUGGCUUUUCGCACAUCAGUGGUGUUUGUGGUUCGUAACGGAGGAGGAGUUGGAUAAGGAAAAGUUGUACGACGCGUUCGUAAGCUACUCGCAUAAGGAUCACGACUUCGUCGUGAACGAGCUGGUGUCAAAAUUGGAAAACGGCCCGAUGCCGUUCAAGUUGUGCCUUCACUAUCGGGACUGGCUAGCGGGCGAGUGGAUACCAGCGAAUAUCGCCAGCUCCGUGGAGAAUUCCCGACGAACGAUAGUGGUGCUGUCGCCGGACUUCAUGGAAAGCGUCUGGGGGAGGAUGGAAUUUCGAGCCGCUCACAGUCAGGCAUUGAGCGAGGGUCGGGCGCGAGUGAUAUUAAUCAUGUACGGCGACAUCGGCCCUAUCGACGACCUGGAUCCGGAAUUGAAGGCGUACAUAAGUAUGAACACGUACGUCAAAUGGGGAGAUCCCUGGUUCUGGGACAAAUUGAGAUACGCGCUGCCGCAUCAGCCGAAUCUCGCGAGGCACAGCAUCGCCGGGAAGAAAAUCUUUGAGAAUCACCAACUGUAUAUCCCCACGGACGGGAACAAGAAGGAGCUCUAUCCCAUCACGCUUCCUGAGACUCCAGCCAGCACCACGCCGCCGGCCGACGCGCUCAAAAAGUUCAUCUGUGAUAAGGAAUCGGAGGAACAGUUUUUAAAUGGGUACCCGCGGGAAUCGUGCAAGUUGAAUGGAAACAUCGCGAUCAUUCUCUCACCUGAACUUUUGAUGAAACAUAACAAUAGAGAAUGUCUUGCUUGAAAGCACAAAGGUAGAAGUAUCCAUGGAAAAUAGUAACUGAUCACUUACAAAGAUCCCUCUUUGACAUGUGCAACAUUAACAGCCAUACAAGAACAUUUUGAUAUUUAUUUUAUUUUAUUUUUUUAAAGAAGACUUGAUCUUAAUUUAGAAUCUUUAAAUGAAACAAGUAAGGAUACAAAUGGAUACAGUUAAGGAUGCUCGAGAAAGCGAAACAAAGAUAAGCAAGAGAAAAAUGAGAGAUGAACAACUGACUGAUGUUACAUUUUAACUUUACUGCGCGCGUGUAAAUAUUAUUGGGUAUAUAUUUAUUGACUUUUUGUCUUAUAAAAUAUUCCUAUAAACUUAAAUGAUUUUUUAGGGAUAACUCAUUUAAGUAACUUCGAUAAAAUAUUGUGUUAUACAUAUUUUGAACAUUUACUUGUCGACCUGAGUGUUCGGGAAAUAUCUAGGGGUAUUUUGGUUAAUCAUAGGAAAUGCGUUACUUUAAACACUUCCUGCGGGUCAUAUGAGAUUCCAAAUUGAACUUUUUGCAAAUUACUACAAAGUACAGCUUCGAUCACGUGAAUAUUACAUAAUAUUAUGAAACGUUUAUUCCUCUCGUCACGUGAUUUUGAAAUUCAUCUUUAAAAUGUUACAAUUUUUCAUGCACUGUUACGCUUAAGAGGUACUUUAUAAUAACUUUUAUAAGAAAAUACUCAAAGGUUAUUUUAUGUAUUGUGAUGCAUUUAAUUUAAUCAUAAAAUAUACCUGUGUAUAUAGUGCAAUAAUAUUAUAAUGAAAAAAAUAGUUUAUAUAAUAUGUAUAUAUGUUUUUUAUAUAAUAGUUUUUAUAAGGUGUUUCCUAUAAUUUUGUUAGCAUAAACAUUUCAGGAAUACGUUAUUUUAUCCAUUUUUAUUAAAAUGCUGACAUAUUAAGAAUAGGAUACACCCUGCAUGAGUUAAAGUUAUUAAGAUAGUACCUGAUAAACACUUUUAAUUUCACUUUAGAUGGUAUUUUCACAUACUGAUGUGUAAAUACAUAUAGUAUAAAGGGUCUUGAUUUUUAAUGCAUAUUUUUUCAUAUCGCCAUUUUUAGAUCAAUUUGACAUAUGUUCUUACGAGAAAUCAGCAUGUAUAAUUUUUUUCCAAUUAUUAUAUAAGAAGUUUAAGACGAUCGUAAAAAAUUAUGUCAUAAUACGAAGAUAUGCAGAAUUUAUGCUAUAAUAAUCAAUGUAUAAAUAUUAUAAACAUAAUCUUUUUAUCGUUUGAUAUCAUAUUUGUAUAUAAAGAUCUAUCGUAUUAUAUGCAUAUAUUACACAUAAAAAUUUUUGAACAAAAUGUGCAAAGUCAAUCACAGCUGUGUACAUAUAGAUAUAGAUAUAUAUAUAUAUAUAUUAUACUACGCAUGUAUACGUGUAUAUGUGCUUAGGUUCAUAAAUCAAGAAUUAAUUAUAAGUAUAUUAGAUCUUUAAAUUUUGCAACGUAUAAAAAAUAUAAAAACCAAUCGUCUGUGCUAGACGUUUGUGCUAGGGAAUUGUACCCAAAUUAUGUAAAAGAAACUUUGAAACGCCAUGCAUAAUUAUUGGCAGAAGGAGAAGUUACAAAAGUAAGCCCAAAUAAAAUAUGUACAAAUUUAUGAAUACAAAUAUUUGUACAUUUAUAUAUAUAAAUAUUUAUAUAUU